AUGACAGUGACGCAGAAGAACCUGCACAGAUUCUCCGAAGAGGAGAAUCAAUCGGAGGCAGUAGACAGUGAUCGGAAGUUGCCGCGAGAAGGCAGCUACUGGAAUGGGGCUGAAGAAGCCACAAAAGCCGUUCAAUCGGAAGUCGAAGUGGGUGUUCCUCAAAUAAAUCCCAACAACAACAGGAACGGUGGCAACACAACGCAACUGAAGGAGUGA